GCGGCCGAGCUCGUCGGGGCAGGGGCCGGGGGCGGGGCCGAUCCCUCCAGCUUCCCGCUUCCCGCGGGGAACAACAAUGAAAGUGAAAGAGGGGUGGGGCGGGGGCGAGCCCAGGCUCUGUGGCCCAUGUGCCCUAUGACCUUGAGCAAGCCCCUCCCCCAGGCCUCGGGGGCUCUCCUGGUUUGGAGGGACCAGGCGAGGCGAUGCCGCAGGCCCGGGGUCAAAGCGGGUGGGCUUUUGCAGCGGCCGCUGUGGCUGGGUCUGGAACUUCUCAGACGGCUCCUGUCAGCGCGAAGUUUCACCAAAUCCAGACCUGCGGGCUCCUCCCCCAAGACCCCCACUCGCCGCCCCUCAAGCCUGUGCUCCCGGAAAGGCGGUGGGCACCCGCACUCGUGGCUUUCUCUGGGGACCCGGGUCUCAGACUCCCCCGGCAGCACAGCAAAACGCCUCCCUGCCCACCCACGGAAACAGGCCCAGGAUGCAGCACCGAGGCUUCCUCCUCCUCUCUCUCUUUGCUCUGUUGGCGCUCACCUCCGCGGUGGCCAAAAAGAAAGACAAGGUGAAGAAGGACGGCCCGGGGAUAGAGUGCGCGGAGGAGUGGGCCUGGGGGCCCUGCACCCCCAGCAGCAAGGAUUGCGGCGUGGGUUUUCGCGAGGGCAGCUGCGGGGCCCAGACCCAGCGCAUCCGGUGCAGGAUUCCCUGCAACUGGAAGAAGGAGUUUGGAGCCGACUGCAAAUACAAGUUUGAGAACUGGGGUGCGUGUGAUGGGGGCACUGGCACCAAAGUCCGCCAGGGCACACUGAAGAAGGCGCGCUACAAUGCCCAGUGCCAGGAGACCAUCCGCGUGACCAAGCCCUGCACCCCCAAGACCAAAGCCAAGGCCAAAGCCAAGAAAGGGAAGGGAAAGGACUAGAGGCCAAGCCUGGAUGCUGAGGAGCCCCUUGUGUUACCUGGGGCCUGGCCCACGCCCAUCCUUUCCCUGGCCUGAGAUAUGACCCGCCAGUGCCUUCUGUCUGCUUGUUAGCUUUAAUCAAUCAUACCCUGCCUUGUCCCUUUCACUCCCCAGCCCCACCCCUAAGUGCCCAAAGUGAGGAGGGACAAGGGAUUCUGGGAAGCCUGAGCCUUCCCCAGAGCAAUGUGAGUCCCAGAGCCCACUUUGUUUUUCCCCACGAUUCCAUUACUAAGAAACACAUUAAAUAAACUGAAUUUUUCCCCCAAUAAAAGCUUUUCUUUUUUAAUAUA